UCAUGAAGGAAAAGAAAGAGGAAGACGGCGAUAGGCUCCACACCAGUGAAUGAACCACUACACACGCACAAGGUGUCUGACAGACCGUUUUUUGCAUGUCCUCUGUGAAUACCGGAAAACUAGCUAGUCAGUACCCAACAUUAUUUGUAAAGUAAGUCAACAUUACAGAUAUGGAGAACGAUCUGCCAACCACAGGGGACAUUAACCUGGAUCAUGCUGUUAAGCAAUGGCUGCAAUUUGAUAAGAACCCGAAGACCAGUUCUGCCGUCAGGGGCUUGCUAAAAGAGGGGGCUGUACUGGAGCUUCAGACAUGCUUUGGGGUCCGGAUGGAGUUUGGCACGGCCGGCCUUAGGGCCCCUAUGGGACCUGGGGUUUCCCGCAUGAAUGACCUCACCAUCAUCCAAACCACUCAGGGGUUCUGCAGCUAUUUGGAGAGCAGUGUUCCAGACCUGAAGGAGAAGGGGGUAGUGAUUGGGUUUGAUGCCCGUGCUCACCCCCCAAGUGGUGGCAACAGCAAGAGGUUUGCCACUCUAGCUGCCACAGUGUUCAUCAACAGAGGAGUGCCAGUUUACUUAUUUUCUGAUAUAACACCCACACCUUUUGUGCCAUUCGCGAUCUCUCAUCUUGGCCUUUGUGCUGGCAUCAUGGUUACAGCCUCCCACAACCCCAAGCAGGAUAAUGGCUACAAGGUUUACUGGAGCAAUGGGGCCCAGAUCAUCCCACCCCAUGAUAAGGGUAUCUCCAUGGCAAUAGAAACGAGCUUGGAGCCAUGGCCUAAGGCCUGGGACACCGAAGAGGCCAUGAAGAGUCCACUACUAAAAGAUCCCUACCAGGACAUCCACAGCGAGUAUUUCAGUGCAAUACAGAAGCACUGCUUUCACAGAGAAAUCAAUCAAAAGUCCGAAGUGAAGAUUGUGCAUACCUCAGUGCACGGUGUUGGCCACACCUUUGUGCAGGCAGCCUUCAAGGCUUUUGACCUUAAGCCACCGUUUGCAGUUCAGGAGCAAAAGGACCCCGACCCUGAGUUCCCUACUGUCAAAUACCCAAACCCUGAGGAAGGAGAAGGGGUUCUGACUCUGUCGUUUGCUCUGGCUGACAAGGAGGGGGCUACUGUUGUGCUGGCCAAUGACCCCGAUGCAGACCGUCUGGCUGUGGCUGAGAAGCAGACGAGUGGGAAGUGGAGAGUGUUUUCAGGAAAUGAGUUGGGAGCUCUUUUGGGCUGGUGGGUCUUUCGGUGCUGGAAGAAGCAACAAAAGGCUGAGCAGGUGAAAGAGAACGUGAAGGAUGUCUACAUGCUGGCCAGCACCGUUUCCUCUAAGAUUCUACGAGCCAUCGCCAUAAAAGAGGGCUUCCAUUUUGAGGAGACCCUCACAGGCUUUAAGUGGAUGGGGAACAGAGCCAAGGAGUUGCUGGAGCAGGGGAAAACUGUGCUGUUUGCAUUUGAAGAGGCCAUAGGUUAUAUGUGCAGCUCUGCAGUGCUCGAUAAAGAUGGUGUGAGUGCAGCAGCCAUCGCAGGAGAGUUCACCUCCUACCUUGCAGCCCAGAACAUCACACUUUCACAACAGCUCAAGGCUAUCUAUGAGGAGUAUGGCUACCACAUCACCAAGAACUCCUACUUUAUCUGCCAUGAUCAGGACACUAUUCGUAAGCUGUUUGAGCGGCUGAGGAACUUCAGUGGACCCAACUCCUACCCUAAGGAGUGUGGAGGCAUUUCUGUCUCUGCUGUGCGAGACCUGACCACAGGCUUUGACAGUAACCAGCCCAACAACAUAGCUGUUCUGCCCACCAGUAAGAGUAGCCAGAUGAUCACCUUCACAUUUGCUAAUGGAGGAGUGGCCACCAUGCGCACCAGCGGAACUGAACCGAAGAUCAAAUACUACACAGAGCUGUGUGCUGCACCAGGGAACAGUGAUGUGAUAGAACUAAAAGCGGAGCUGGACAGACUUGUUGAUGCCAUUGUUGAUAACCUCUUCCAGCCCAAGAAAAACAACCUGAUCCCGCAGCCACAGUGAGAGAACAGGAGAGAGCCAAUCACAAAGGACCAUAACACUGAGAACAUUGCCCUGCCACUCUGCUACAUUCAUACCACUCGCAAUCAAAAGAUUUUCUUUAAAUCAUCCAUUAUUGUUGAAAUCACCAAUUUUGAGAGUAUUUUCAACACACUAAAUAUAUAUUACAUUAUUGACAUUGUUAUUUAUUAAUAAUCUAAUGAGUUGUAAUGAUGCUGGAUUUUCUAUGAAUAAUUAUCUAAUUACUGUGACUUAAGUCUUAAAGCAGCCGACAGAGCCUUUGACCUUUACACUGUCAUUGCAUAAGGGAUCAGUUCUUAAUGACUUCAUGUAAAAUCGCUGCUCUGAACCACCAUACAAACAUGUUUGUAUGAGCAGUCUCUUGGGCAUGAACAUGAUUGAUGUGCCAGUAGGUAUAAUUCUAGUUUAUGGUUGUGUAGUACCUGUAUUCAUGAAGGUAUACACAUCAAUUCAGGAUUUCGUAACCUGCCAACUGAUAAUGAAUGGUUGAUGUAGACACGCUUUUAGUUUGCUUUUGUUUUGCAGUUUGAUAAAUUAUCUCAGGCAGAAUUUCCAUUUAAUCACCAGCAGAAUUCCAGCAUUCUUGUGUUGUUAUGUGCUGUUUUAUUUAUGGAGUGUUUUUAAAUUCAUGGCACCAUAAGUAAUAUCACAUGAUGCAUUCCAGACAUAUGUACAUGCAUUUCACGAGAAGCUUAGCGUAUGAACAGAUUUCAAAUCAAAGCCAUUCCAUAUACUCCCAAGAAUUUAAAAUUCCUGUCUAAACUCGUGAAAAUUGGCCAUCCCAAAUUCCAAGUAGCCGAAGUCUGUAGCUACUCAUGUAGGUAACCCUGUGGAUGGAAACUGAUUUUCUAGAAAGGGUCGAGACAUUUUUAUUGACGAAUAUAAUUGAGGACAAUAUAUUCCUUGAUAAUAUUCGCAUAAUAUUCUUUGAGGACGAGACUAAUGCUGCCGCCUAGUGGCGAUUUUAUUCAUGUGCAAUCACCAACAGGUGCAAGAUCAGUACUGUAUGCAUUGAGCCCUUGGCUACUUGCCCCAAUUAAGUCAAUUUCAUUCCUUGCGGUGUCUGAUUCCCAAACGAAGAACUAGGUGUUCUGACCUGAAACAAGCAUUGGCUACUAAAAGAAAAUGAUUGUGAAACAAAUGACAAAAAUAAUAGCUUAUUUUAGUCGUUUAAGACUUGAUCUGCCCUCUUCAGAAAAAUGCUGCCUAUAGGCUAAUAAACACAUAAUUAUUAACCAGAAGGCCUACUGUUUUUUUCCCCUCAAUUUGUUAUGAGUUCGAUUACAGAAAUUUUGCGAUAAUCUAAUGUAAGACUACAAGUCCGGAUAAAAAAAAUUAUAGGACAAUUUACUGGACGAUAAGCAGUGUAGUUACACCAGCUCAAGGCCAUGUGCAGAAAAUCUGUAUGCCCAAGCCAUCUAUUGAAAGCCUUCUCCCAUUGCCUCGAGUUAUUUUUAUUCUGCCAACCCGAGUGAGUCGCUACCCAUGUGUUGUGUUUGGGGAGGGGAGGGCGUGGAGAACGUAAUUUUGAAGUAGCCGUAUAGGCUCUGAAGGAGCAUUCGCGUGCCCUUGAACUCCCACACCUGCUCCAUGGCGCAAGAGGGACAGCAAAACAAAAAGACUACUAAAGAAAAAGGUAGGCUACGGGAGCUUUAUUAUCUUUUGGAAAUAUAUCUGAAGCUGAAGAAACUAUCCCUUUCUAAGGAUAGUAUGAUCCCAGAUAAACUAGAGCAUUUACAGAUAGCCCAUUUACAGAUUAUUGCCUCACAAGAAAAACUACUACAGAUCGCGCAAUUCUUCUUCACAGUUUUAAACUCAUAAAUUAGAUAAAUACCGGUUGAUAUUUAUGACAUCAAAAGCAACACAACUUUAAUUUGGAUGACAACAUGGUGAUGCACUUUUUUACAUAUUACUGUAGCUGUAAAAACAUUCAUUUUGAUAAUAAAAACAAUGCGUGCAUUCUUAAACAA